GACCCUCCCCAGGUAAACCUGACACCCAGGGUCCCCUCCCAGGUAAACUGGCCCCCCAGGACCCCUCCCAGGUGCAAACCGACCCCAGGACAGGUAAACCGGCCACCCAGGGAUCCCCUCCAGGUAAACCGUCCACCCAGGGACCCCCUCCCAGGGUCCCCUCCCAGGUAAACCGGACACCCAGGGAUUACUUCCAGGUAAAACCGUCCCACCCAGGGACCCUCCCAGGUAAACCGUCCAACCAGGGACCGUCCCCAGGUAAACCGUCCAACCAGGGACCCCGUCCCAGGGACCCCGUCCCAGGUAAACCGUCCACCCAGGGACCCCUCCCAGGUAAACCGUCCAACCAGCUGACCCGUCCAGGUAAACUGUCACCCAGGGACCCCUCCCAGGUAAACCGUCCAACCAGGACCCCGUCCCCAGGUAAACCGGCCCACCCAGGGACCCCCUCCCAGGGACCCUCCCCAGGUAAACCGUCAACCAGGGACCCGUCCCCAGGUAAACCGUCCAACCAGGGACCCGUCCCAGGUAAACCGCCACCCAGGGACCCUGUCCCAGGUAAACCGGACACCCAGGGACCCCUCCCCCAGGUAAAACCGUCCACCAGGGACCUCCCAGGUAAACCGACACCCAGGGACCCCUCCCAGGUAAACCCCGGACACCCAGGGACCCACUCCCAGAGUAAACCGGACACCCAGGGACCUACCCCAGGUAAAACCCCGGCCACCCAGGAUCCCUUCCCAGGUAAACCGUCCACCAGGGACCCCUCCCCAGGUGGCAACCAGGGACCCCGUCCAGGGACCCUCCCAGGUAAACCGGACACAGGGACCCCCCCAGGUAAACCGACACCCAGGACCCACUCCUGCAACCGACACCUAGGACCCCCUCCAGGUAAACCGGACACCCAGGGACCCACUCCCAGAGUAACCGGACACAGGGACCCCUCCCAGGUAAACCGGACACCCAGGGACCCACUUCCAGGUAAACCGGACACCCAGGACCCCCUCCCAGGUAAACCGGACACCAGGGUCCCCUCCCAGGUAAAAUCCGGACACCCAGGGACCCACUUCCCAGGUAACCGACACCCAGGACCCCUCCCAGGUAACCGGACACCCAGGGACCCCUCCGAGGUAAACCGUGGACACCCAGGGACCCCCUUCCAGGUAAACCGGACACCCAGGGACCCACUCCCAGGUAAACCGGACACCCAGGGACCCACUCCAGGUAAACCGGACACCCAGGGACCCACUCCCAGGGACCCACUUCCAGGUAAACCGGACACCCAGGACCCACUCCCAAAACCGACACCAGGGACCCACUCCCAGGUAAACCGGACACCCAGGGACCCCCUCCCAGGUAAACCGGACAUCCAGGACCCACUUCCCCAGGUAAACUGGCCCACCCAGGGACCUACCCCAGGUAAACCGACACCCAGGACCCACUUCCAGGUAAAACCGGGCCCAACCAGGGACCUACUUCCAGGUAAAACUGCCCAACCAGGGACCCCGUCCCAGGUAAAAACGCCCACCCAGGGACCCACUCCCCAGGUAUACCGUCCACCCAAGGACCCCCUCCCAGGUAAACCGUCCAACCAGGGGACCCCGUCCCAGGUAAACCGUCCACCCAGGGACCACCCAGGUAAACCGGGACACCCAGGGACCCACUUCCAGGUAAAACCGUCCACCCAGGGACCCACUCCCCAGGUAAACCGACAAUCAGGGACCCACUCCCAG